AUGUCUACCGUGGAUGGACAGCCCAACUGGCAGGAGCCUCCAACCUGUCCAAACCGUUCUCUGCCACCCUUGAGAGUAUGGAAUUCUCUAACUCGUUCAAAGACACAUUUCGUUCCAGCGGACCCAAAUGGUCAAAAAGUGACUUGGUAUGCUUGUGGACCGACUGUCUAUGAUGAUGCUCAUCUAGGGCACGCCAGGAACUAUGUUACAACCGAUAUACUGCGCCGUAUUAUGCGUGACUACUUCAAGUUCGACGUCAAUUUUAUCAUGAACAUUACCGAUGUGGACAACAAGAUAAUUAUUAGGGCCCGGCAGCAACACCUCUUUGCUGAAUACAAAGACAAACACCCGGACAUAGAUGCGGAUGUUCUACAGACCGCUCUGCUAGCGUUCUCGACUUUUGUGAAAAAGCAACUACCCCUUUUAAACUUCCAGGAGCAGGCUGAAAAGACGUAUGCGUUUAUCUUCAAUGGAGGUACCCUCGAAGGGAACAAGAAACCGGGGUCUGAUGAAGCUAAAAUCAAGAUGAGUAUCAAGAGCGAAUCUCAAGCUGGAGCGGCUAUAGCCAAAGCACUUGAGGGGCAUAAAAAAUCUAUCGAGCCGGGAAAUUCGCUUGGAAUGAAUGCUCCGUCAUAUUCAAGUGUGAACACGCAACGCACAAAUGAAGCCUUCUAUGAAGCUUGUAAAGAUGUAUUCCUUAUCUAUCUUGAUUGCAUCGGCUGCUCAUCCAUUUGCAGUACUGACUACUCCUUAUUCGAGGCACUGACCAAGAAUUAUGAAAGCCGAUUUCUUGAAGAUAUGCGAUGUUUAAAUGUCCUUGAACCAGACAAACUAACGAAGGUGACUACACAUAUAUCCGAAAUAAUCCAAUUUGUGAAAACAAUUAUUGGGAAUGGUUUUGCAUAUUCAACUCCGGAUGGAUCUGUUUAUUUCAAUAUCAACAAAUUUGAGGAAAGCGGGCAUUAUUACGCAAAGCUAGAGCCCUGGAAUCGACAUAAUAAACACCUCCAAAGGGAUGGGGAAGGCUCCUUGUCCAAAGGCGCUACAUCAAAGCUUUCUAGGAAUGAUUUUGUUCUCUGGAAAGCAUCUAGACCGGGGGAGCCCAGUUGGCCCAGCCCUUGGGGUAACGGCCGACCCGGAUGGCAUAUCGAAUGCUCUGCAAUGGCAUCCGCUAACUUUGGCAGCCAAAUGGAUAUUCAUUCCGGUGGCAUUGAUCUUGCCUUCCCCCACCAUGACAAUGAACUUGCCCAGAGCGAAGCAUUCUGGGGAGGAACUCAAUGGGUUAAUUACUUCCUUCAUAUGGGCCAUCUCUCCAUUCAGGGCUCAAAAAUGUCCAAAUCCCUAAAGAAUUUUACCACCAUUAGGGAGGCACUCGACAGAGGUACCUGGACCUCUCGAAACCUGAGAAUUGUUUUCCUCCUUAGUGGCUGGCGAGAAGGGAUUGAAAUCACAACAGAUAUGGUUGAUGCUUCACGUGCCUGGGAAGAAAAGCUGAACAAUUUCUUUUUGAAGUCGAGGAAUUUUAAGGCUUUACAUAAACUAGCAAGUGAAGCCCCCAACAAUCGUUGUGAUGCCCUAGAAACGCAUCUCAAAUUCGCUCAAGACAAAGUUUUCAAUGCUCUGUGCAACUCGUUCGACACGCCUACUGCGAUGAGUGCUAUAACAGAACUCGUGACUGUUUUCAAUAGUGCCGAACCUCCCAAGUUGAACAACGUAAUUCUUCAGAACGCUGCUAAAUGGAUUACGUCCAUGGUCAACGUAUUUGGGCUAAACGGCGACGCUUCCCCCGAGGACCCUGAAAUAGGCUGGGCUGGUAUUGAUGUUCCAGAAUGUGCGAUGCCGUAUUUAAAUGCCCUUUCCACCUCACGAGACUCAAUCCGUCGUCUUGCCAUGUCGAAAUCCCGUAUUCCCCCAGAAGCUCUCCGCGGUAUUACUGACUCAAUGGAAGACUUUGGGCCAUCCAUAUCAGAUAUAGCGCUUCCAUUUAUUACGGUUCUCAGAAGUUUUAAGGACAGAAUCGAAUAUAUGAAUUUCAAUUGUUCCGAGAUAAGUCCAAAUCAACUGCUAAUGGCAUGCGAUCAGAUCCGAGAUGUUGAUUUGUUUGACCUGGGGGUCUAUCUGGAGGACCAAGGAAAUGAGCAUGCUAUAAUCCGCCCAGUCACUAGGGACCUCAUUUGUGCCCGCCAAAAACAAUCCGAACAAAAGCUGGAAUCGCAAAAGCGCAGAGAGGAUGAGGAACGGAGACUACUUGAAAAAUUAGACAGGGGGAAGCUUAGCCCUGCUGAGAUGUUUCGGACUGAGGAUUUCAGCGCGUGGGAUGCAGAUGGUAUACCAACGAAGGAUUCGGAAGGGAAAGAUAUUACCAAAAGCCGUAGCAAGAAGCUUAGAAAAGAAUGGGAAAGGCAGAAAAAAAUGCAUGAGAUGUGGGAAGCGAGCAGCUCUGGGCAAAUGGCAUAG